AUGUACGGCAAUCGGUCCAACGGGAACGGAUACAACUCCAACUCGUAUGGAAAUAACAACGGCCGUCCUUCGUACAAUAACAGAUACAACAAUAACAGCAACGACCCGAAGGUUCAGGAAAAGCUAGCAGCGUACAACCAGAACAUCGAACAACAAUUAGCAUCUCAAGAAAAAAAGACAGCACAUCGUAGAAUCGUAGACCAUGGCAACAAUAUGGGAAGGUGGUAUAUCCACAAGAACUUGGGGCUUUCUCAGCGACAACAGGCUAUAGGUAGCAUCAGACCUGAGUCCUCGUAUUUGAUAGACCUUCUUCCAACUCUCGCAUAUUCGUCGUCUUCCAACUUAGGGGCGGCCAACAACAAGAACAACAUGGCUGUGAUGGAUAUCCAGACCAAAUUCGUGCAUUUGUCGUCCAACAAGGUUAAACAUUCUAUCAAUGCUGUGAAAUGGACCCCUGAAGGUAGACGUCUAUUGGUAGCAUCACAUAGUGGAGAGUUUACUAUCUGGAACGGGAUGACCUUCAACUUCGAGACAAUUAUGCAAGCGCAUGAUUCGCAAAUUCUCGCAUUGCAGUACUCGCACAAUGACGAGUGGCUCUUGUCUGGUGAUCUGAACGGUGUCAUCAAGUACUGGCAGCCCAACUUCAACAACGUCAAUAUCCUCAAUGGCCAUACUCAGGGAAUCAGAGACAUUGCGUUUUCACCUAACGACUCUAAAUUCUUGACCUGUGGUGAUGACUCCACCUUGAAAAUCUGGAACUUCAACAACGGUAAAGAGGAACGUUCCUUAGCUGGACAUCACUGGGAAGUCAAGUCUGCUGACUGGCAUCCCAACUUGGGGUUGAUCGUCAGUGGAUCCAAGGAUAACUUGGUCAAGUUGUGGGAUCCUCGUAGUUCUACCUGUGUCACAACAUUGCAUGGAUUCAAACAUACAGUAAACAAGUGUAGAUUCCAGCCUACAGGUACCAAAAGGUUGUUGGCAUCUGUUUCUCGUGACAGAUCAUGUCGUGUUUUUGACUUGCGUACAAUGAAAGAUAUCUUAGUCUUGAGAGAUAGCGAGACCGAUUUGUCAUGUGUCUCGUGGCAUCCUACACAUGCAUCGAUGCUUACUACAGCUGCCUACAACGGAUCCAUGAGUCAUUACCUUCUCGACUCCUAUAUUCCUGAUAGCAACACCAGUGAGCUUUCCAAAAAGUCUACCUCUUACGGCUCGUCUUCCGUAGGCUCUAUAGAAGCAGUGCAUAGAAUCCCAUAUGCACACGAAAGAGCCAUCCAUGCCUUAGAGUACCACCCCUUGGGCCAUUUGUUGUGUUCUGCUGGUUCAGACAAGACCGCUAGAUUCUGGUCCCGCGCAAGACCCAACGAUCCAAUGUCGUACAAGGACCCAUUGUACACAGACGACAAGCAUGGAGCAUGGUACUAUUCGGUGAACAACAACAUCAAUGCUGUUAUCGAAGAUCCGAGUGGCUCCAAGGACAGAGACCGUUCGCAUACCCCAGGACUCAAUUUGCCAGGAUUGGGUUCGAGCUACGACUACAACGGAAAUGGCAAUAGCGGGAAUGGCGAUAUUGCAGCCACUCCGGCCCCUAGCAACUGGGGUUCCAUUCCUGGCUUACGGGGUCAUUAA